AUUUGUUUUUUAUUUGGAUUGACCACAAAUUCGGUUUAUGGAAAUUUUCACAAAUUUUCAAUAAGACCGAAGAGGCAGUUCCUGUCAAGUAUUUUUAGGGUAAGGAACCAGACAAGGAAACACCAAAAUGUCAAUCACCAUUGAGGAAAAAAACUUCGGCCUGGCCGUGAACCCUCUCACCGAAUCCCGAGAAAUGGUGCGCUGCUUCACACUGAAGAACACCAAGGGCAUGUCCGUGUCGGUGAUCCAACUAGGUGCCAUCAUCCAGAGCGUUUCUCUGCCGGACGACUCCAAGAAGAUGGAGGAUGUGUGCCUGGGCUUCGACGACAUUGCCGGGUACGUGGCCAACAAGGGGGCCUACAUCGGGGGAACCCUUGGCCGAGUGGCAAACCGGGUUGCCAACGGCGAGUAUACCGUGGAGGACACAACCAUCAAGGUGACAAAGAACAUCGAGGAUAGAUUCCAACUACACGGCGGAUUUGUGGGAUUCGACAGCGUCAUCUGGGAGGUGGUGCAGAAGACUCCUGCGGGCGUGGUCUUCCGGCACGACUCGGAACAUGGCCACGAAGGAUACCCGGGCACUCUGACGUGCCUGAUCACCUACCGGCUGGACAAUGAGAAUAGAUUGUCGAUCACCUUCGAGGCCACCACCGAUCGCCAGACGGUGGUCAACCUCUCGAACCACGCCUACUACAAUCUAGCUGGUCACGCCUCCGGGGCCAAAGGAUUGGCGGAGCACACGGUGGAGAUUGCAUCCUGCGAGAUUGUGGACACGGACGAUUGGCAGAUCCCCACAGGGAACUUGAACGGCGUGGCAGACACUGUCUUCGAUCUCAGGUCGCCCGUCUUGCUGGGCGAUCGCCUGAAGCAUUUUGAGGACAGAUUGAUCAAAGGCUUCGACAACUGCUUCGUGGUCAAUGGAGGUCGGCCCCAAAGAUCCAUUGUCAAGGUGGCCAAGAUUGUGCAUCCGCCCAGUGGCCGAGCAAUGGAGGUGUGGACCGACCAGCCCGGUAUGCAGUUCUACACUGCAAACAAUAUGUCCACCAUAUCUGGCAAGAAGGGCGCUCGAUAUGUGAAGCACGGAUCCUUCUGCGUGGAAACGGAGAAAUUCCCCGAUGCCAUGAAUCACCCGGAGUUUCCAUCGAUUACUCUUGAGCCCAACGAGAACUAUCGACAUGAAGUAGUUUACUGGUUCAAGGCCGAGAAGACCUGCAGGUGCUGCUACAAAAAGUAAUCCUGAUAUCUCUUAAAUAAAUCUGGAAGUGCAAAGGUUCCUAGCCCCUAA